GAGAUCAUCAGAGUUAAAGAAAGCGUCACUGCGACUAUUUUGACUGACUCUGAUUUUUCGCGGCGACUCCUUGUGAGAUUCUCCGAUUGCUUCGCCUGAGCUUCUCUGGGUUUUACUUCGUCACUUCGAUCUUUGCUUUUCCGAUUUUUAGGGUUUUUUCUUUGGGGAAUUUCUGUUGAAGACUUUGCUGUAACAUGUCUGGAAGAAAAGAAACGGUUUUAGAUUUGGCCAAGUUUGUGGAUAAGGGUGUGCAAGUUAAGCUCACUGGUGGUAGACAAGUGACUGGAACUCUAAAAGGCUAUGACCAAUUGCUUAAUCUUGUUCUUGAUGAAGCAGUCGAGUUCGUUCGAGAUCACGAUGAUCCUUUGAAGACUACGGAUCAGACAAGACGCCUUGGUUUGAUUGUUUGCCGUGGAACAGCAGUGAUGCUUGUCUCACCAACCGAUGGCACUGAAGAAAUCGCUAACCCGUUCGUUCAAGCAGAAGCUGUCUAAAGACUUUCUUCCCAAACAAUAUGUCUCUCUAUUAGUUUAACUUGGCGAUUUAGAGAGUAUUUUAUCUGACUCUCUCGUGUGAUGUUGGAAACAUAUAUGUUCAAUUUAAACUAUUUGGAACAUCAUGGGCACUUCUUCUUGUUACCUAACUUGAAUUUAGUUGCGUUCUCAAA